ACAUUGCCUGUUGAGGCAGAAGAAUCGGAAUCAAUUUCAGUGGACAGUGAGUAAUGUUAGUUUCAAACGAAGGUUAAUCAAGCACUGUCCGGAAAAUGAUUAAAUUAAUGCUGAACAUCUUACAGCUGAUCGUAGCUUGCGUAGCAGUUGAAGUGAUAACUGAACCCAAGAGUUUGAUCGUUUCCGUUGGUCAGCAAAACGUGAAUUUAUCUUGCAAAACUCCCGAAAGACAACCAAUCGACUUCUGCAUAGUGAAUGUUCCUGGAGUUAAGGCGCCAUUUGCCAGCAGCGAGAGACUUCCGGCGCCUGUUGAAGGUAUUACUUUUUUUGGUGACGGGUGGAAAAAAGGUUCAUGUGGUGUUACAUUAGCCAGCGUCAAGCCGGAGAACGAUGGGAGCUUCGAGUGUACGAUUUCAAUCCGGGGACAGCGGCACAAGGGAUUGAUCGAUAUUGUGGUUCAAGUAUCUCCCGAACCACCGGUAAUUGAGAUUUCCCGCGCCAUAGAUCACAGCGACGGAACAUUCAACUAUGGUCAACCACUCAUAGCGAGAUGCAUCUCCAGGAAUGAUUGGCCAGGGGCCAAGCUCUCCUGGUACUUGAACGACACCCAAAUCACCGAUGGUUUGGGGGCUGUAUUUUCGGAAAAAGUUGGGCGUCAAGUAAUCGUUCAACAGUUCUUCCGUAAGUCCAUAGCCAUUGAGGACAACCGCAAGCGGUUGGUAUGUCGAGCCGAACAUGGAUCAUAUCCCCGUGGGUAUUCGGAGGUUUCGCUAUCCAUCAAGCUGAGAAAGUCAGCUAGUGAUAAAAAUGUGGUGAAUGAUAAAACUGCGGUUGGAGCCACAGUGAUGCAAUUUCCCAAACCACAGCUGAUUCCCUCCAGUGAUACUGAAAUGAUUAAAGACGCAUUCAUAGCGGGAACCGACGCAGUUCUAAAUUGUAUUGUGCGCAACGGAACGGGCGAUGUUAAAUUUAUUUGGUUUCUAGAUGAUCAUCUAAUCUAUGAGGGACUCUCAGCCCUCUUCGUAUCUCAGGAUGAUAAGGGCAAUGUGUCCGUGGCGCAGAUUUUAAAAAGAAAGAUGGAGCUCGAAGACAAUGGAAAAUCGCUGGUUUGCAAAGCUCGAAGCUCGCGAUGGACUAACGAGACUAGACUUAAGUUCACCAUCACUCAGUGGUCGAAAUGAUCUAAUCUAUUAAGAAAUACACAAAAAAAAUUGAUUAA